UCUACUGACACCACAAGCCCACUGGGAGCGAUGGUGGCGCAUGGAGUAGUGUGAUGCGCUGGUAGCCGCAAAGUUAGCCGUUCGAAUCCCAGCCAUGUGCCAUGUCGAAGUGUCCCUGAGCAAGACACCCAACCCCCAAUUGCUUCCCAGACAAAAUGUAACGCAUGGGUUAUAAUGCAAUGUAAGUCGCUUUGGAUAAAAGAGUCAGCUAAAGCACAUGUAAAGUCUCUCUGUAAAGACAGGAGGCGACAGUUGAUUAUUAUAUGGAACGAAAUCGCCCCCUGUCGGCCUGGCUGCUCGUUGGACCUCGUUGCUAGGUGAAUCAUCAUAAUCACUGAUUGGCUCCGCUCUUCCUUUCAGCCAAUCAGCACUUAUUUUGUAGGACGGUGCCGUCUCGAAGCGAAGCGUCUGGAGAAAUCUUCUGCAAACGUCCAGCCUGUUGAACGCUGCUAGCUUGCUCGUUUUUCUUUGUCGUUUUUGAGGAAAAGAGGAUAGAGAAUUACUAACACAAUGACAUAAAACCCUUUAUUAUGCUAAUUGACCUGAAUGUUGUAAACUGGCAGUUCUCUAAAACUGAAACCUAACUUUAGCUAACGUUAAUGAAGAAAGGGUCCACCAAGUAUUUGCACUAUGUUCAAAUUCAAUUUCAGGAGGGAGAAAGACAACGAUUUUAAGCACAUUGCCCAUGGUUUGGUCCCUGCUGCCUCCGUUGCCCCCAAGGCUGCCGUGCCUCGCACCCCGCCCCCACGCAGCCCCCACCCCUCACCCGAGAGACCCAGAUCGGCCUUAGCAGCAGCCAUCUUGUCUUCAUCGCUCACUGGACAGACAUGGGCCCUCCCCCCCUUACAGCCCAGGUCCUUCUCUCAGAGUGGCCGAUCAGAGUCCUCCAUAUCUGAACCAAAUAUCAGUCCAGAACUUUUCAUCAGAGACCGAUGGUCAGAAGAUCUGAGCAGCCGACCGCGCCUGUCCUCCCCUUACUACUCGGAGGAGGAGUUGGAAGACAACGAAGAAGACCUGGAGAGUGAAAAAGAAAGGGAAGAACAUCUUUACCAAACUGUUACCAGAGAGGAGAAUUGUUUAAUAGACCCCAUCUAUUCUGUGCCUCUAAAACCAAAGGCCUGUGCACCCCAGCUCAUUCAGAUGUCGAGCAGAAGAGCGCCUUCUCCAGAACUUCCCGAGGAAACCGGUGCCCAACGUCCCGUAGAAAGCUGCGAUUCUGCCGAGAAGAAAGCCUCUGUCAGGAAGAGCCCUGGAAGGCGUGGAGAUGUGCCAUCCGAGCUGCCCAUCGUAACAACCGACAAACCGGGCCUUGCCAAAAGCCCAAAACACCCGUCUCCAAAGCUCAGCAAGGCGUGCGACGAGGUGCAGAGUGAGGUAGCGUGGGGCUUACCAGUGAGGCACACAAGGAUGCUAGAUGACCAUAAGCUGCUGGAAGAGAUACUGCAACGGCUGGAACAGGAGAUCAGUCAAGGCCGAGCCUCCUCUAACCAGAGGUCAUCUGCAGGCGGCCAGGCAGAGCUACUGAAUCUGAGGCGACACACUCAGGAGCUGGUGGAUGAAAAUGACGCCCUCAAAAUGACUGUUCACCGUCUGAAUGUGGAGCUGAGCCGCUACCAAACCCUCUUCAGACCAUUGUCCAAACACGAGAGCUCAAGAAUCAGCGGCUUACCAAAGACGGGGUCUCCCCCUCCCUGGCUGCUUGACAUGAAGUACUUAUCUCCUCUUGUGCUCGCCUAUGAAGACAGGAUGAAUGAGAAGGAUGCACUUCUGCAAACCACAAAGGAGGAGGUGAAGGGGUUGCGGGUUCACGUAGAGGACGUAAUUAAGGAAAAUGAAAAACUCCAUGUUGAAAUUGCAGCGAUCGAAGGGGUCAGCCAGAAGAACUGUCAUCAGCUACAACAACAGGCCCUUCUGGUAUUGCAAGAGAACCAAGUUCUGAUUGAUCAGCUCGAGGCUGAGCACGUUAAAGCCAAGGCCAGCCACAGCAGACACCAUUCUGAAGUUACCAAGGUGUCUAAGCAGCUGAUGUUGUUGGAGGCGGAAAGGCAGCGUUUGCAGGAGGACCUGGAAGAGAGUAGGAGAAAGUUGCAGAAACAUGUGAGGGAAGAACAAGUGCUGAAGACCCGACUCAAGGAUGCCGUCACCUGGGAAGAGCACUGUAGCAUGGACAGCAAACUUAGACGGCAGUUGGAGCAGCAGGAGAUUAGGAAUAGGAGUGAGAUGGACAAUUUACUUCUCAGAUUGUCCAGCCUUCAAGAGGAGAAUAGGAGUCUGGCUCUGGAUAAGGCCAACCUGAGUGCUGACAAAAUGAGAAUGGAGGCUGAGCAGGAUCUCACCAAACAAGCCAACAGGAAAGCUGAAAGGAGGAUGAGUGCCUUGAAGAGACAGAAGGAAGAGUGCAUGUUGAAAGAGGAAAAGACCCGGCAUUACAUGGGAGCUGUCCUUUCUGUGGCCGGCCAUAUUUCCCUGCAGAGGGACCAACUAUUGCAAAUGACAUCGGUUCUUCAGCAAGAUAAGCAGGGAUUCGUCAAUAGAAUCCUGAAUGGCACGAUACGAUUUGGAAAACUACAGGAAGAAGUCAAAGUGUACCGGAGCCAGGCGACCACCAGACUGGCAAGGUUGGAGGAGGCAGCGGAGGGGAGGACAGCUUCUUACCAGAGGGAGAUCCUUCAUCUGCAGAGGCUGCUGACAGAAAGACAGGAGGCUGAGGAGAGACUGCUGCAGUCCAAACGGGAGGUGGAGGAAGAGUUGGAAGUGUUGUGGCAGGCAGCAACCAGGGAGAACCAACAGAUGAGAGACACUCUCACUGCUGACCUGCACGGCAGCUCCUCUCCGGGCCGCCCCCCUCAGGCUCCAGAGGCUCCGACAAUCAGCGCCGGGCCCCUCGUCUUCACCUCUCAUCAAAGCCCUGGGCCCCUGAGGAGGUCCAUCUCUAAAUCUGACUCAGACCACCAGAAUAAUUCCUUGGACGAGAGACACAAGCAUGGGCUGGAUUUUUAUUGCUAGGUGUUUGCUCAUGAUGUCAAGAUAGGUCAUUUGGUUGUCUGAAUUAGUUUCAUACGUAAGCGUGUCAGCGUACCAGCAUUUACCAGAUCAACUUUGUUUUGCUUAUGAAACUGUACAACUUGCAACGUCUUCCGUACCAAACUCAUGAGUAUAUUUAACUAGUUUGAGCAUAGCAGUCGAGGUAAGGCCAAUUCAUUCUUAUUUUUCCUGCAAAGAAACUUUUUGGACAAAAUAAUUGCAGUGAAACACGUUGGAGAAAAAAGCAUAAUAAAGCGGCUCAGUUUUUAAAAUUGUUCUCAGGGUUUUAUAGACCAUGCCAACUUGUAUAAUAGAUUGACAAGCACAACCAACAUUGGAGGCUGUUGCUUUAUUUAUCUUAUUUAAGGCUAUUGAGUCUAAAUGUGUUUAGCCAAUGCUGCCACCUGCUGGGCAUAUGCGAUAAUGGCAUUACAGUGGUCACGGUGUCAUGUUACAUGGUACAGAACAGGCAGAAAUGGGAGAGCUUUGUGGAAAGAAGAAUGUUGAACAUGAUCUAAAUUGAGCCUUUUUUCUGGAGAAGAUACUGUUUUCUGGUAUUUUAAGGCCAAACCUCAAAUGGUGUCAAUAUAAAACAUGUGUUUAGUAGUAGAAAUGUAGUUUCAAAUGCUCAUCAUUAUAAUUAUUACUACCUUUUUAAAACGCUCAGAUAAUAUUUUGUGGCAAGGCUGGCGUCGCUGUAUUUGUAAAUUCUGACUUGUUAUUAAAUCUGAUUCAGACACAGUGGAAGUGAACUCAAAGUGAUAUUUCUAAGGAUAGUUUGUUUCAGAAUAAUAGUUUUUCCAUCACAAAACAGUAGUAAACCUCUCAUUGUUGAGAGUAAUGCCCAUCAAUACAGAUAAAACAAACUUUCAUGAUGUGACCCAGACACAAUAACGUCACCUCUUUGCCACUGCUGCAGCCCUGCUGCAUCAGACACCAUAAGGAAAGUGCUGUCUGAGUUGAGAUGUACCACUAAUCCCUGCUGACCGACUCAGGCCAGCAUGACGACGGCGCCGUGGCUCAGACUCGUACGCUAGCUGCAGAGUAAUGAGGGACGCGAGUACGCCAGUACCUGGUGUGACGGUAGAAGGCCGCCAACAAAUCCAACCGGCAUUGUUCCUCUCAGUCUAAAUGUCAUCAGCAACACACAUCAUUGAUGUGCUUAAAUGAACACUAUGAUGUUAUACAAGAGUAACAUCACAGUGACUUCUGACGUAGAUGCAUCAGAAGUAGGUUUGUUGCUAUCAACCAUAGCAACAAAAGCGCCAACAAUUAUUCCUUGUCCAUUUUUGAUCUUCUAUAUUCAAUCUGAACUCAUAUUGCUUUACCUUGCUGUUCCUGAAGCUUUGCAAGGCAUCGCACAGUACUUAUAAGCAAAUAGAGCACAUGUGUCAAACUCAAGGGCCGCGGGCCACAUCCGACCCGUGAAUUAUUUAUCUUUGGCCCGCAUGAUGAAAUCAAUUCACUAUUAGAGCUGGCCCGCCGGUAUAUCGCAUGCAUCACCAUAAUACUACAAAUCCCACGGAAGUGGGCGGCCGUUUAAUCCAUUUUCGUUUUUAAUCAAUAACGAGAAAACGGAAGUGGGCGGCCGAUUUCUCCUUUUUUGUUUUUAAUCAAUAACUAGAAAACGGAAGUGGGCGGUCGUUUUCUCAUUCUUCGUUUAGAACCAAAAAACGAGACAGACUGAUAACUUUUUACUGCGUUAAUCCCUUUUGCAUUUUUUCCCAUAAAACGAAAAUACGAAGCGUAGCCGCUAAACCGGAAGUAUGUCGAUUUUCAUAUUAAGAAUGGAUGCAACCGUCUGCAAUGACAGCGGUUACCAGGGUAACAUGAGGAGAAAAGUUCAUUAACGAAUAUAAAUAUAUCCUAAUAAUAAUCCUGGUCCGACGGGAUGUGUUAGCAGCAGUAGUUGACUACACUCGCUGCUCUCGGCUCUGAUAUUUAUUGUCCACGUAUUGUUUUGCUUCAGUGAGCAGAGCAGAGACAGUUUAAGGAGAUUGCAGAGUAAACGUGUUCGCAUCUCCACCAGUAUGUCCUGUCGGGUGUAUGCGUCUGCACGCUCUGCUAAAGCCGCUGCCCUCCCCCCAACUACGCUACAGCGGCACAUGUGCCUCUUCAAGCCCGUUCCUGGUUUCAAAACUGCCAAUCACUCCUAAAAUCUUGUCGAAGGAUCUCAUUAUCAUUAAAUGAAUUAAAAACUAGAAGAAGAGGCGUAUUCUGACUGGCUGUAUGCUCUCGUUUAACUUCCGCAUUGUUCAUGUCCAAUACAGUCUGUUAAUGUACAAAUGUCAGCUGUCUAUUAUGAAAUCUUACAGACACAAACCACACUGAUGGCAAAAAGAAGAGUUAAAGCCCCGUUAUUAUUGGACAUGGCUACAAUACUGUCAUCAAGCUGCCGACAAGCCCAGGGUGUAUUGGGUGCUCGUUCCUUUUCCUUGACACACGCUCCUGAUCUUGAAUCUAGAAACGAUUGCUCUUCCUUGAGGUCCUCGAUGUUGUGGUUGAAUUUUUUGAAGUAUUUUAACAUUGAAAAACAUUCAGACACAUCAUUUCAAUGCAUAAAUAUUCAGAGCUAGAAAUUAAAUCACCUUUUUCUUUUAAAGCCCGAUGACACAGAUUUACUUCCAUACUAGUGCACUUGUGGGUUAUACGGUAGUUGAUGUUAUGACCGUAAAGAAAGACACGUGGUGAUCCAUUAAACCAGCGCGGCUAACUAAGAAGCCUCUAAUGCAUUUAUUUAUAAAUGCCGUUUUAAAUUUAUCUCAUAGCACUUGAUUAUUUUUAACUGAAUUUAGAUGUGUAUACAUUUAAUUAACUUGCAUAACAAUGUUGGUAAUAAUUAAAUGAAUAAGCUUCAAGUGAACAAGGGGAGGUGUUUCGGAGUGUGUCUGAGUGUGUGCUUCUGUGAGUGUAGUAUAAUAUAGUAUAGUUAUGACGUUAAAACAAAUCCUGUUUUCUGAUUCGUAAAUUAAAGCUUUUCAAUUCUGUUUUUUAUCCAAUUCAUCGAUUAAUUGAAAAAAUAAUCAACUGAUUAAUUGAUUAUCCAAAAUAAUUGUUAGUUGGAGUCCUAUGUGUGUGUGUGUGUGUGUUUGGUUUUUUAUUGUUAAUAAUUGGUGUGUUUAUUUACAUUAAUGAAAAUACUGAAGGUGAUAUAUCAUCUGAGUUGAAAAUGCCUCAGGAUCCCCCAGAAGGAGCCUGAUAAUAUUGCUUGGGAAAGGAGCGUCUAGACUACCUGACUUGCGUUAGUGUGGCACUACGGGCAGAAAAGAAAGGAGGGUUUUGCAAUUCAAAGUUUGAUUUUUUUUCUGCAUGUUUUUUCCACCUGAAAUUAAUUUUUCGAAGUUGAAUUUUAUUUGUAUACUUACACCCAAUCUAAGAAUGAUACAGUUGCCUCUUGAGUCUUUAUUUGUCACAUAGAUCCUGAUCCUAGUAAUUAUCCACAGCUAUAAUUGACUUAUUCCUUAACAUUACAGUGGGACACUAGAUCCCCACCUUAUUUAACGCUUCUCUCCUCCUAUAGCGGGUGACUGAGAUAUAAAACUAGUGGAGAGUGGGAACAAAAAUCUGCCAGAGUGUAAAACACAAUGCAAACUCUGCAUUAUUUUAUCCGAGGAAGUAAAGACAACAUACAACCUGUCGUAAAUCCCUCCUGGUCCUUCAUGUCACCUUUUAUGUGUACUGCCUGCUUUUCCCUGAUAUUCUUCAUUUGACCUUUUCUGACCUAGCCCAUCUCACCAUCCUUCCUACCCCUUUCCCACCAGUUUCGCCACAAGAGAACUCCACCGAGUCACUCACCUGCUCUCCAUA